UUUAACAUUGCUGCAUAAUCUUCCUUCGAGGUUAUUUGAAGUUCAUUUUGGGAGUCUGCUACAACUUUGACUUAUACUUUUUAAUCAUCCAAAUUAACUUUUGUUUAGUCUUAAGAAUAAAAUAUGUCAGCAACAAACGUAAUUAUUAAUAACGCCCGACUUAUAAGAAAUUUAAAUAGGAAUACUGUAAGAACAGUGUCUACUAGAUGUCCAUGGAAAGUUUUUCAAGCAUACAGAUGCCAAAACAAUAUUCCUCAGCAUUUCGGAAAAUGCAUAUCAGUUAAAAAUGUAGGUUAUAGAUUCUACGCAUCAGAUGUUCCUAGUCAUACCAAAGUAACACUUCCAGCACUUUCUCCAACUAUGGAAACUGGUACAAUUAUUGAAUGGUCUAAAAAAGAAGGCGAUCAAUUGAAUGAAGGAGACAAACUUGCUGAAAUACAAACUGAUAAAACAGUUAUGGACUUUGAGACCCCUGAAGCUGGAUAUUUAGCUAAAAUUAUGAUCACUGCUGGUCAAAAAGACACCCCUGUUGGAAAGCUUGUAUGCAUUAUUGUUGAAAAUGAAGCUGAUGUAGCAGCUUUUAAAGAUUAUGUUGAUGAUUCACCAGAUACUCCAGCUCCAAUAGCUUCUACUCCUAAACCAUUAUCUCCUAAACCAUUAUCUCCUACACCACCGAUUUCUAAACCAAUAUCUACUCCUACCCCUGUGAAGUCAACUUCAAUAACAGUAGGAUCUCGAAUACUUGCUAGCCCAUUAGCCAAAAAAUUGGCAGUUGAAAAAGGAUUAGAUUUAACUUCAGUCUCUCAUGGUUCAGGAUUAUUUGGUUCAAUUAAAAGUACGGAUUUAGCUAAUGCAUCAACAGCAGGAAUUAAACAGACAGUAGCUGAUGGUGUGCAAGGAGAUGGUUUUGUUGAUCGACCAGUAACAAAUGUGAGAAAAGUUAUUGCUCAACGUUUGUUAGAAUCUAAACAGAACAUACCACAUUAUUAUCUUACGGUUGAUUUGGGAUUAGAUAAUAUAGUAUCAUUAAGAAAAAGAAUGAAUGAACUUUUAGAAAAAGAAGGUGUCAAAUUAUCUAUAAAUGAUUUCAUUAUUAAAGCAGCAGCAUUAGCUUGCAAAAAGGUUCCUGAUGCUAACUCAUCUUGGAUGGAUAGUUAUAUUAGACAAUAUGAUGCUGUAGAUGUAAGUGUAGCAGUUAGUACUGAUACUGGCCUCAUAACACCAAUUGUUUUUAAUGCUGAUACUAAAGGUCUAGUAGCUAUUAGCAAAGAUGUAAAGGAACUUGCAGCUAAAGCAAGAGAAGGCAAACUGACACCUCAAGAAUAUCAAGGAGGUACAUUCAGUGUAUCUAAUCUAGGAAUGUUUGGAGUUAAAAGUGUUUCAUCUAUUAUAAAUCCACCUCAAUCAUGUAUACUUGGAAUUGGUGCUUUAACCCAACGAUUAAUACCAGACAAAACAAAUGGUACACGAAUACAAGAAACUCUACAAGUUACAUUAAGUUGUGAUCAUAGGGUUGUAGAUGGUGCAGUUGGUGCACAGUGGUUACAAGCAUUUAGAAGAUAUAUAGAAGACCCUCACUGUAUGCUGUUAUAGAAAAUGACUUAUUAAACUUGCUUGAAAUAUAUAAUUUCCCGCCAUUUUUGCUCUGUUCGGAUUUUUUUUAUGUUAUUUGUUUUAUAUAUAUUGUUAAUGUAUUCUGUUGUUUUAAGCACGUUAUAGCUGUUGAAGUGCAAUAAGAACGAUUAUAUAAACUGAGAUUAAUUCUAA